UGGAAAAGCGGAAGUGGGAAAAAAAAGAAAGAAGGAAGAAGAAGAAGGGGAAGGAGAAAUACAGAUAAAACAAAUAGAUGACGGGGACAUGAUCAGCCCGACGCACGGAGGCGCCUUCUGCUGAAGGUAAAUAACAGUAACAACUGAGCUGGUUAGCACGAUGUAGCAUGAUGUAGCAUGAUUUUGGCUCGGCGUCUGCACAGCGCUGGAAUCGAGGGAUGUGAAAACCGCUGACGCAGGACUCACAUUUGUAUUCAGCGAAGUGGACGAAUGCGUUUGGCGUCCGGCUGCUUUGACCUGUAGCCAGACAUACACUGUAUAUUCCCACACACACAAAAAAAAAGUGCUGAUGUGUCAAAAGCUUGUGACCGAGCCCUGUGACACACUCGUCCGUACGGGACACGAUUAGCACGCAGAGGUGGGGGAAAGGAAACAACAGAACUCUCAUGACUCAAACUGAGCUGCGACUACAUCCUGCUGGUGGAGUCAGGACGGUGGAUGGAACUGGCAGUUUUGAGUUAACAAACAAACAAACAUUUUGUUGUGUGAAACGUUCCCCCCAGCCUGCAUGUGGACUGACAGAGAGGUGGUGGGACGAAGAAGAAGAAGACAAAAGAAGAUGUUGACGGUUGAGCCACAGAAGUGAUGGAUGGAGGAGGACAGGGGUGGAGGGCACUAACAUGACACUAACACGUAAAUAGAGAAUCCUUUGAGGAGAAGAUGAAGCUGAACGAACGCAGCGUGGCGCACUACGCCACCUGUGACUCGCCGCCAGACAAGACGGGCUUCCUGUUCAAAAAGGGCGAGCGCAACACCGCUUAUCACCGGCGCUGGUUCGUCCUGAAGAGCAACAUGCUCUUCUACUUCGAGGAGCGCGACGGCCGAGAGCCCAUCGGCGUCAUCGUUCUGGAGGGAUGCACGGUGGAGCUCUGCGAGUCGGCCGAGGAGUUCGCCUUCGCCGUCAAGUUUGACUGCGCUAAAGCACGGGUGUACAAGAUGGCGGCUGACAGUCAAGCGGCCAUGGAGUCGUGGGUGAAGGCGUUGUCAAGAGCCAGCUUCGACUACAUGAGGCUGGUGGUGAAGGAGCUGGAGAGGCAGCUGGAGGAGAUCCAGGAGGCCGCGGGUGGCGGUUGUGCCGGGGCUGGAGUUGCAGGCUUGCAGGGCAGGCCAAAGCUGGCCAGACGGAACUACGUGUCACGGUCCAGGUCUGGAGCAUCCUCGUCUUCAUCGUCCUCCUCUUCUUUAUCAUCAUCAUGCGCCCUUCCCAUGUCAAUUCCCUCAUCUGCUCAAAAGAGCAUCCAGGAUGAGGUGCAUAGAGAGAAUGGGGUUGGGUGGAGUAAACCACCAGUUGCCUUGGCUAAUGGUUUUGUUGAGGGAGGGUCUUCCUGCGUGGCCUGGGAUGGCUGUGCAGACUCUGGGAAUAGCAUUGGGAUCUGUGAUGGGGCAAGGGCCCCCCCAGUGCCACCGAGGAGAAGAGGAGCGUCUCUGGAAAGCCCCGUGUCCCCCGGCACUGUCUGUUUCUCCAAACUCCAUGAUUGGUAUGGCAGAGAGGUGGAGGACCUGAGAACGCAGUGGCUGCAAAGCCAGUGAUGAUGAUGGAAAACGUGUUGUUUCUUUUUUUCCACAGUUACGUCAUUCCUUCCUUAACAUCCUGAAAUGUUACACCCUUCUGGGCCCAACAGAAAGGCAAGAAAACUUUGACCUAAUUGCAGAAUGCAGUCUUAUCACCAAUCAAAUAAAACUUUGACAUUGAUUCCAGAUCUUGUCUGGUACAGGGGGAAUCAGUCUGUCUUAAAGAAUAACACUAUCCACGGUACAAUCCAAGCAAUUUUAUAAAAGUUUAAAAGUUUUGCUCAGUGCAAUUUUCCAAGGACAGUUAUAAGUGUUAAGAAAUUCAAAAUGUUUUUGUGGCCUUGUUUUAAGGUCUGGUUGUAGGAACAUGAUCUAAAUUAAUGUUUUGCUCAAGUCAAACAUUAUGCUAUUGUGCUAAGUGUCUGAACAAAACCAAACAACUACAAAUAACCACUAAAAUCACCACAGCUCCGUAUUUUUCGGAUGAAAUGGGAAAGGCUUUCAUGAUUCAGUUAUAUGCAAAUAAAAAUAACAAAGGUCACUUAAUUAGAGACUUUGCACCAAACAAAUCGAAAAUACAGUAGAUCAGGUUAGUGUAGUGAUUCCACGGUGCAUGGAAAAUUAGGUCGCUCAUGCGGUGCUAUCCAAACUUUUCACUGUUGGUGAUGAAACGGUGCACAACUGCUCAGAACUAAGCGCAUGAAUCAGGAAAUCUGUCUGAUAAAAUGAAAGAAAGAGCAGGGAAACAUUUGAACAUCUAGCUCUCGGCAUCUAAAUUCAUGGCUUCACCUUUUGUUUUGGUAACUUUAAACUAACUUUACACUAAGAUUUUCUCUAAUAUACGACCUCUUGCAGAGACACGAGGUUACUCUUGGGAAUAGAAGUGUUGGGGGGAGGGGGUGACGACUACUCCCACCAGGGCAUAUUCUCUCCUUGGAGACCUUGUGGUUGCUAUUGUCAGAGCAUCCUCUCGACAGUCACUGGGGACCGUGGUGGGAGCUGGAUGUCUCGCUCAGAGCAACACACCCUGGUAUUUUUAGCCCUUGGUAGCCAGGGGCCAGAUGAUGUUGUGUCAUAAGAGCGCUUGUCACUUAGUUCUCCUUUUGACUCUUGUAUUUUCAGAAAAGCAGAAUUGUUUUUUUUAUCCUUGAACUUAAUGCGACUUAGAACGUGUCCUCUGAAUUCUCUCAUCAUUUCUUGUUAUACAAUCGAAUCUUAAUGUUAUCCAACUCUUAUGUUUUGUCUGUUACGACUAAUUAAUCUGAAUGUUACCAGAUGAGUGUACGUGUUCGAAGCCUAUACUGUAUGUGAAUGUCUGACUAUAUUCCAUGUUGGAAAAUUAACACCAGCAGUCUGCGAAAUGGGCCUUUUUUAAAAAAAAAAUUGCUCAUACUAGUGCGUUCUAUAUCCAAUCACAUAGCCAUUUCCAUUUUUGUUUUAUACGUGCCUUAUGUUCUCUUUAUACCUCUGCUUUUUGCACUUUUAACCAUUCUCACAUAGAACUACGGUGACUGGAGGGUUUGUCUUUCCCUCUUUUUCGAUUGUGUUUCAUAAAAGAUCGUUAUAGUUUUCCUUUUCCUUUGCUGCCAAUGGUUAAUUUCUGGUGCGAUCACUUUAUUUGACAGUGGCUCAGUUCCUUCAGUCUGCAUCAAUGCACAGCACUGUUGUCACUGUUGCCCACUUUGCUUGUGGGAGGGAGUGGUACAGUGUUAUUGUUUUUUAAACAGCAAUAUCAAAGAGGCUUCCUUUUUGUUUUUAUGCAUUAUCUAAAAAUGUGGUUGCAUUACUGCCAAUUUGAUUAACUCCAGAAUUCAGAAUAGACUGUAAUCACAAAUAACAAUAUAUCUGUUUUUACAAUAAUAUUAAAUGAAAUUUGGGAAAUGUGUCAAAUUGAACAUUAAAAUGAUAAAAUGUGUCUCUAUCUUUAUCCCAGGAGUGCCAAAUGAGGGGAGCAACCCUAAAUGCACAAUAAUAUAUCUAUUUUUUCCCAACUUUCAUGAUUCUUGUAACAAUUCACAAUAUUAUGGCACAAAUUAUGAGUAUUAUAUUAAAUAGCCAAUCAUAUUUUACCCAUUCUCCUGAUGUGUCACUCUGAAAAGAUGUUUGUCAACCAAGCAUUUGCUGCAAACCAACUAAAUAAUAAACUGUUAAUCCGC